CUUCUGACGUCUCGUCACGUUAUUGGUUAGAUUUCACGAGUGCUUCGCGACGCAAUCACGCAGAGGCGUUCCCAUUGCGUAUUGACGCAGCGUCGACAGUUCCCAUGAAAGGGAACCCAACAUUAGUCAUUUAAUUUGUUUGUCUUUUGUGCAAAUUGAAUUAUUUAAUUGGACUUUAAUAAUAACACAAUAAGUUUAAAAUUGCAAGUAAAAUUGUGCAUAACUGCUUGUUUGUUUUUAAUCAGAGGGACGAGUCUUCAUGGUUGGACCAAAUGUCGCCUUAGAUAAAAUCCCUCAACUUGACAUGAUAAAUGCUUCGAUGGACAUUGAUCUCAUUGGGAUCGCAAAGAACAAUGAUGAAAGAUCAGCUGCUGUGGCUUUCAUGAGCUUCAACACAAUGGAGAAUCUACUGAAGCCCGACUUCUUCAACACAUCAAAUGACACGAUUAAAACCAUGAUGUCCACUGUGAUCUCAGCUACUCUUCCCAAAACCACCAACACUAAACUCACCAAACCAGUCAACUUCACCCUCAAACACAUCAGAGAGUUCGACCCCAGCGGUUCUCUGUCCUGUGUGUACUGGAAUAUCAGCGAGUGGAUUGUAGAUGGUUGUUCUGUUUUAGAGACCAACAGCAGCUACACUGUGUGUUCCUGUGUCCAUCUGUCGACAUUCGCUCUCAUCAUGCAAACCAGCAGACCACCAGAGAGCGACUCACUGCUGGAUCUGUUGAAUCUGGUGUGUGUGAUCGUGGGGCUGGUGUUCUUCAGUUUGGCUCUGUUGACCUUUGCCCUUUGUCAGUGGAGUCCUGGAGUGAAUAAUGUGGCUCGAAUCAACAUCUGCAUCAGUCUUCUGUUGGCUCACCUUCUGUUUCUGCUUACACAACAGUUCCUGAACCUCAUACGCCGUCAUCAGGUGUUGUGUGCCGUGAUAUCAGGUGUGCUGCAGUUCCUCUUUCUCUCCGGCUUUGUGUGGAUGUUCAUUGAAGCUGUGCUGCUCUUCAUCUGUGUGAAGAACCUAUCACAGAUCAGCUCCAAAAAGAGGGAGGUGCUUAGCAGUGGAUUCCUGUGUGUGAUUGGAUAUACGGUUGCUCUGGUUGUGGUGGCCGUGUCUGUCGGGCUUGUUCCUGAAGGCUACGGCAGCGAACACUGCUGGAUUAAAAUGGAUAAAGGUUUUAUCUGGAGUUUUCUGGGUCCUGUUUGUGUCAUACUAGCAUUAAACAUGAUUCUCUUCAUCUGCAUCACCAUCAGUCUGAACUCAACUCUCAAAAAUCUGAACGCUGAAGUUUCACAGAUGAAACAAACCAAGACUAUGACAUUUAAAACACUGGCUCAGUUUGUGGUUCUUGGUUGCUCCUGGAUUCUGGCUUUCUUCAAUAAUGGCAGUAAGGAGCUGGAGAUCAUCUUCGUGAUCUUGAACUCCCAGCAGGGAACCUUCAUCUUCCUGGUCUAUUGUGUCCUCAAUAAUGAGAUCAGACAGCAGUACAGGAAGUUCUUCAGAUGUAUUUGCUGUGGACGCAAACAACACUGAGGACUACAGCAUCAUCUUCAGGAAAUAAAAGGUACUGCUCAAGUGCCGUGCUGAACUACUGCGUCUUGUGGGGUAGCGGCAGAACCAUAGGAGGCUGGACUGAGCGACUUUAUUCUGUGCUUUAUUCGGCUUUUAUUCUCUUCUGCUGAUUCAUAACAUGUUAUGACUGCAGUAAAACACACAACAGAAUCAAUGUUUUGGAUGUUCAGUGAAGUCUCAGCCUGUUUCUGUAAAUGGUAAAAAAUUAUUACCAGUCUUUUGAUAAAUACUAUUGAUGUAGAACUUAUAAACUGUAUUAUUUAAUCUUUUUUGAAACCCACAAGAUUGUCUUGGUGGAGGGUAAAAAGCAAAUUUUUACAAACUGAGUUCACUUUUGAGCUCAAAAAGCUCAUAGAAAAGUCCUUUUUAUAUUUAAAUAUUUAAUAGCAAAAUAUAUUUUCAUGAGAGAAGGUCACAGGUUUUAUAGGUGUAGUGGAUUUACCUUUAUAACUAAACUAUUAAAAUAAGUAUAUGAACAGCUGACAUCUCAAAAUGGCUUGUAUUUUUGUAUUAAAUGUAUGUGAAUGAUUGAUUUUUGCUUUCGUUCAGGUUUUAUAUGAACACGUUUUGUUACAAAGUUGUCUCAAUAAACAGUGUGAUAUAAGUGGAUUUGUGAACAUGUUUUUUCCACAUUCCAUGAAAGACAAAAAGCUACAUAUAAUAGACUGACUCUAAUUUGAGAAUAUCCUAGUUUGAAAAAUGAAAAUUUAAAUCAAGCCAUUUUCUGCAACAUAUCUGUAUUUAAAAUGUAACAUGCAAAAGCCUUAACUGUAGAUAUGUCUGUGAAAUAAUCAGAGAAUCUGAUCACAAGGUCUAUGCACAUUUUCUGUUUCAACACAAGUCAGGGGGAACCCCUACACAUAUGGCAUGACAAAACACUGUAUACAUUUGUUAUUUGAAUUUGAAUUUGAGAAGGAAACAGUGGACUUGUAUUUCCUCA